AUGCUUGCCGGGGCUCCGCGACAUCGCCAGCAGAGCGCUUACUUUUCCCUCCCCUCCACGUCUGCCGUUCAGCCAUCACCAGACCCCCCGCCGCGCGCGCACACACACAAGCGCAGCGUGGUUGGUUUACCCAGCACCACACAAGAACGCCAACGGGCAGCACCAGGAGACACAGACGAGCCCAAGUCAUCGAUCAGGCGGCAAACGCCGAACGCAAAUCAAGGCGGCUCGACGACAUUCGCAACCUCCGCCGGAGGCAGCGGUGAUCCCGAGCCCUCCGAGACGUCUCACUAUUUUGAUUCUUCCCCUCCCGUGAGAGGGAGGAAACGGAAGGCGGCAGCAAGUGUCGCCGGCCCCGCCGGAGGUAGUUGUACGACGGGCGGCAAGAGCAGGCGCCAUCGAGGUGCUGGCGAUGCCACCGGAAAAUAUCCGAAGCUGUCUGCCACAUCCCCAAGCGCGACAACUGGCGUUUGCGCGGCUGGUACCCAGCGCCGGAGUAGCGGCAGACUCAAUGCCGUGAAGAAAGAGGAGCUGACAAGCGCGCUCGAACUCCCAGAGCCACCUCCGUCAGAUGCCAAGAGGAGGACGAAGGGCGAUGCCUCCACGAACGGGGAUUGUAAACCCCGGAGGAGGAGGGCUGCGGUCGCCACCAAGGGCGAAGUUUGCGCGCAGGCGUCCGAGGAGGGCAAGGGGAAGAAGAAGGCCCGGACGAAGGCCAAGACCAAGAUCGAAAAGGGGGAAGGGGUUCGGGAAAGGGCUGUUCCGCCGCGCUUGGCGGAGAAGGCGGCGCUGAUAAUCCAGAUUAUGGACAAGCUUUACCCGGACCCGCCCAUACCGAUCAACCACAUGGACAGCUUCACGUUGCUUUGCGGGGUGCUACUCUCUGCUCAGACCACCGAUGCUCAGGUUAACCUGGUGACGCAGGAAUUAUUCAGGGUGGCGCCCAAUCCGCAGUCUUUGUCCAAGAUGGCACAUGAGGAUCUGCAACGGACCAUCAGAUCCGUCGGACUUGCACCCACCAAGGCGAAGCAUCUAAUCGCGCUGUCGCAGCAGAUUCUAGACCGCUUCGACGGCAAGGUUCCCCAGACGUUCGAGGGCCUCCAGAGCCUUCCCGGCGUCGGGCGCAAAACUGCUGCGGUGGUGAUGGUCCAGGCCUUCAACACCCCCGCCUUUCCUGUGGACACACAUAUUCACCGAUUGGCGCUUCGCUGGGGUCUGACCAAGAAUGAAAAGAACGCCAGCAAGGUGGAAGAGGACCUUAUGGCCGUAUUCCCAAGAGACUCGUGGGCCAAGUUGCACCUUCAGUUCAUCUACUUCGGCCGUGAGCACUGCCAGGCUCGCGUGCACGACGCUUCGGCCUGCCCCAUCUGCUCUUGGGUAAAGAAGACUGGACCCGGCUCCCCAAAAGCGUUGGCGCAGCUGACCUGCCUGAACGACUACCUGGCAUCCCCUACCCCCACCAAGAAGUCCAGCAAGAAUGCCAUCGUCUACAGCGAGAGGAAGCUAGAGAUGGAACAGUUCAGAAUGAAACUGGAAGACAGCUGA